AUGGCUAAGAAACCACCAACAUUAUUUACAGAUGGCGGUUUAUGGAAUAAUGGAAGACCCGAACAUAAAACUGAAAUGACACGAGUAGAAAAAACAAUUGCUGAUGAAGCACGAGUCAAUAAUUUUCAAUUUUCUCAGCUCACAAGUGGCAUGUUACGUGGUGCAACAUUGUCUGCAAAACCUGAAGCAUCAUCAAUACAAUCGAGCGUACCAAUUAAAAAACGAGUAAAACCAAUUCGCCCAUCAAACACGUCCAAUCCUUCAGGAUUACGUACUUAUAAUGAUAUUGUUAAAUCUAAUGCAUAUGCUCAACCUGAUUAUUAUCCAGGACCUAUAAAAGGUCGUACUGAUUACGAAAAAGAUCGUCUAGGAAAUUUAAUGGCAUAUGGUAUUGAUCCAUCAAAAAUGCCCUAUGAACCAGCUGAACAUUUAUCAUCUUCACAUGAAAUUGACCGAUUUGAUGAAUUGGUGCUUGAAAUUGAAGAGAGAAAAGAAUUUCUUGAACAAAUGAUACUUCUGGGUAAACGAAAAGAAUAUCAAGAAAUUAUUUCUAAUGAAAUUGCUGAUAAAAUACGCGAAAUGGAACAAAUUGAUCGACAACGUUCAAAAGCACUAGAAAAACGCUUAAAUAAACGUUAG